AGGACCCCAUUUGCGCACCGCCUCCCAUGUUGAACUUUCAUUCUUUAAGGGACUGAGAACUUUUAGAUAGCAUUAUGUUUAGCUUAAAGCGUAGUUAUUGAAUGAAGUGGAAGCAUACAACGCGGAACUGUAUGCAGUUAUCACUAACGUUAAAGGGCAAGAUGAUUUCCGCUAGGUGAGCUACUGUGUGUCAACGUAGCCUACACUCUCCGCUCGCGAACCCUGGAUUGGAGUUGAUUAAAAAAUAGCUACGCACGAAAUGGAAUGCAGAGUGUUGUCAAUACAAAGUCAUGUUGUCAGAGGAUACGUCGGGAAUAAAUCGGCGACAUUCCCUUUGCAGGUGCUGGGUUUUGAGGUGGACUCAAUCAACUCAGUGCAGUUCUCCAAUCAUACAGGCUACCCCCACUGGAAAGGCCAAGUCCUCACUGCUGACGAGCUAAAUGUUCUGUACGAGGGCAUCAAACUCAACAACGUCAACCACUAUGACUAUGUGCUAACAGGGUACACCAGAGACAAGUCCUUCCUGGAGACAGUGGUGGACAUUGUGCAGGAGCUGAAGAGAGCGAAUCCAAACCUGGUGUACGUGUGUGACCCUGUACUUGGAGACCAUGGCUCAAUGUAUGUUCCAGAGAACCUGCUCCCUGUUUACAAGAGCAAAGUGCUCCCCGUGGCUGAAGUCCUAACACCAAACCAGUUUGAGGCGGAGCUGCUAACAGGGAAAACCAUCAGUACGGAGAAGGACGCUGUAGAGGUGAUGGACCUGCUCCACAACAUGGGCCCUGAUACUGUGGUCAUCACCAGCUCUGACCUUCCCUCCCGAACGGGGGAGCAGUUACUGGUGGCCCUGGGGAGCCAGAGAACAGUGAAGCCGGACGGAACCACGGACACCCAGCGGAUCAGGAUGGAGAUCCCCAAGGUGGACGCAGAGUUUGUGGGGACAGGCGAUCUGUUUGCUGCAAUGCUGCUAGCUUGGACUCACCAUCACCCCAAAGACCUGAAGGCAGCUUGUGAGAAGACUGUCUCAGUCAUGCACCACGUGAUUCAGAGGACCAUAUCCUGUGCACACAAAAUGGCGGGAGCAGGUCAGAAGCCCAGCCCAGCGCAGUUGGAACUGCGUAUGGUGCAGAGCAAAGCGGACAUUGAGAGCCCAGACAUCGUUAUAGAGGCCACCGUGCUCUAGGACAGCCCUCCCCCCUUCCGCCACACAACCGCACAAUAUAGAGACGCUGUACAUUUUGACCUGUGAUGUGACAUUGCCUUAGAGUUGCUUCCUGACCAGAUUUCCAUGAGCCAAGAGCCGGGCACAAGCAGAAGGAAGAGAUGCGCUGUUGGGGUGGGUGUGGGAGGGAGAGACUGGGAGACUGUGCAGAGUCAGUUGCAUAGAUAUCUCACUUCCUGUCUCUCACGUCUUGUGUAGCGACCUGUCUGAGCGCCUGUAGCAUCUCACAGUGCAACAGGGCAGCCACACAGUUCUAUGGUGCACCUCUGUGUUCACCAGAGUGGACCAUGGUUGUGAGAGUACCCCCAAACUCCCUCCUUCUCUCCAGGGUUCACCGUUCUUGUGCUUGUGGGUUCAUUUUUUUGCCGUUAGGAAAACUGCCGGUUUUUGACAACAUUCCUUGGGUACUGAUUGGACCUCAUCCUGCUGGUCCAAUGUUGGUCCUAUUGCAGUCUUUAGUCAAAAAUGUGACCCCUGUGGUAGUUAUGUGCAGAGUAGACCUCUGAUGCAUCCACAAGAAGUAUGGAAUUAGAUUUUUAAGAAUGGACCCACCCGUCGAUGGCCACGUGCUCCACCAUCCUUGUGCAGACUGAAGCAGUAACUCUCACAGGAGAAUGAAAAUGACUGCAUUAAACACGCAUUUUUUAACAUUCAGAGGUUCAACUUGGUAGCAGCUUAAUUUGAAUAUCUAAUCUGCACCAUUAACAGUAUCUUUUAUUUAAAUUACUGUAGAAAUGUCGCCUUUGUGCGUGUAAGUAACAUGGAUGUCUUACGCAAUUUUCAACUUUGCACAUUUCCAACUUCCCGUUACUUCUUCGCUCUUUUGUUCCUUUUGAAAAAAUGAAAUAUCAAACAUUAAAAAAAUUCAAAUGUAAUGUUUAUGUUAAUGUAUUUUAACAUAGUUUUUAUUCUAUGAUUUGAAGAUUGUUGACAUGAAAUGGCAUUUACUCCCUUUUAUUUUAAGGACUUGCAAUGAUAAUCACACACUGUAAAUUGAUUCUUAAAACAUGGUAAAUAUACUCAUCACGCUUUGAUUUUGUAUUAUUAAAAGGCAUAUUGCAUUUCAUAAAAUGGAAACAUUCAAUGAUAUGACCAGUGUCAAAAUGCCUCUGUGUAGUGUAGUCAGAAGCAAUCAUGUAAAAAUGUUUCUUGAAUUUGUAGCAAUGAAAAGAAAUGGAAGUUGGUCAUUCUUUAUGAUGUUAGAAAGUACCAAUUUUCCGAUAACUUACAAAUAAAACCUAAAUCUUUUUAUUAAAA